GUAUACUGUGGUCAUUUAAACUCAAGACUUAUAGAUAAUAUAAUACAUUGUAUACAUAUUAAACUGACCACGGUGACCUAGAUAGUAUCAAGUAAACAAACACAUUUUCAAUAACCACGCGGCGUUUGACUAUCGGACAAAGAUGAAUAGAUUGUGUUGAUCUUAAAUCGGAAUAUAAACUUAAAGGACAAAAUGACCAAAAGUUUAAAAUGACCAUGGAUAAAUAUGUUCUUCAGGAUUCAAAUGACCGGUUUUCAGAUGUCGAAAAUGGAAUACAAAUAAAUUCUUGUGGAAGUACUGACAAUGAAUACUCAAACGAAUUGACUCAAACUCCGGUAAAAAGUGUUGACUCUUUUUCAUUUUUCGGUCGUCUGUGGUUCCUUCGAUCAAAAUGGUGGCACAAAAAGAGAACAAAAGCGUUUUUUUGGUUUGGACAAAUCUUAUCGUUGGUAUUAUAUGUGAUGUAUAUGGUUUAUGCGAUUUGGUAUGACAACGACAAUGUUAUGUUACUGAUAUUUGACUGUAUUAUAGUAAUUAUAUGGGUUGCGGCCCAUGCCGAGAAGUCUAGAAAAGUUUUCAUUUUUGCUGGAAGGAAGAUUGUAAAAGCUCAUAAAUCUCUUAAUUUAAAAGUCCCGUUUAUGCGAGCAAUUAUCACAACACUCACUCUUCUUGUGAUAUUUGGAUUUCUAUGUUACGACUGGUACCAAGAUAUCCGAAAACUGGUACCUUUUGGUGGACUAUUAUUUUUUAUACUUAUUGUGUUCAUUACGUCACGCUCUCCCUCAAAGGUACAAUGGACCCCCGUUAUAUGGGGCAUCAUUCUUCAGUUUGUGUUGGGUAUGAUCAUCCUACGGUGGCCUACAGGCUAUGCAGUAUGUCAGUUUAUAGGGGACCAAGUCACAGCCUUCCUUGCCUACACAGACAAUGGGUCCAGAUUUGUAUUUGGUGACGAGGGAUUGAAAGACCACCCAGUUGUGUUUAAAGUGUUGCCUGUAGUCGUCUUUUUCAGUGCAAUUGUCAACAUCCUGUACUACCUUGGCGCCAUGCAAGUGAUAAUUAAAGGUAUAGCACGUGUGCUCAGAUUUGCUAUGAAAACCUCACCGAUGGAAUCAUUUGCUACAUCCGCUCAUAUAUUUGUUGGACAGGUGGAAUCGAGUAUAGCCCUGAAACCGUUUAUCAAUGAUGUGUCAAGGUCAGAGUUAAACGCUAUCAUGACUGGUGGGUUUGCUACAGUUGCUGGAACAGUUAUAGGAGCUUAUAUAGAAUUUGGGGUUCCUGCCAAUCAUUUAAUAGCAGCAUCGUUUAUGUCAGCUCCGGCGGCAUUAGCGGUUUCUAAACUGGGAUGGCCAGAGAAGAAGAAAAUAGAUGGAUUUAGUAUGGAUAAUAUUAAUAUUAACGUAGGAAAAGAAUCAAAUCUAAUGGAGGCAGCAUCUGCGGGAGCGACAUCUACCGUCAAACUAAUAGCUUAUGUUGUUGUCAACCUGAUAGCAUUCCUUGCCAUUCUAUCGUUUGUUGACGCCAUAAUUUCAUUUUAUGGAGAUAGAGUUGGUCAUCCAGAAGUCAACUUUGAGUGGCUCUGUUCAUACAUUUUCAUGCCACUAGCUGUCAUUAUGGGAAUACCAUGGAAAGAUUGCCGAGUUGUCGCCACUUUGAUUGGAAAGAAAAUUGUACUUAAUGAAUUUUUAGCGUAUAUUGACCUAGGAGCUCUAAUGAGAGAAAACAAAAUUGAGGGUCGCUCUGCAGUUAUCGCAACAUACAUUUUAUGUGGGUUUGGAAGUAUAGCAGCUAUGGGUAUAAACUUAGGAGCUUUGAUUGCAGCUGAACCAAGUAGACGGAGAGAUUAUGCUAGAGGAGUGUUCAGAGCAUUUGUUUGUGGAAAUAUUGCAUGCUUCAUGACUGCUUGUAUUGCAGGCAUGCUUUACACAGAGCCUAUUCCGGUCUUCAGUAAUUCUACAGAUUUCAACAUCACAUCGAAUUCAUCGUUAUUCAAUAUGACGUCAUCAAAUUCUUCAUUUUUUAUAACAAAUCUGACGAAUACACCUGGAGGUUCAGGUUAA